AGCAUUCGAUUUUAAUGAGCCCGGUCUUUGUGUGUAUGUGUUGUGUAUGUAAUUUUUAUGGCACGGCAUUUCUUGACUCUUCAACUAAAAUUUUUCGCGCUUGCUAGUCUCGAAUCUAUUUUUUUUUGUUUGUCACAUUGUUUUAAUCUUAUCAAUUUUUUUAAAGAAAUUUGUUUUUUUUGACCAUUAAUUUUUUUUUUGUUUGUUUGUUGAUCAAAAUUAAUCAUGUCUGAUUCAGUUGAUAAUAAUGCAAAUGUAACGGCUGAUGAUAAUGUAACUGAUGUUGCUGCUACUGAUGUUUCGGCUGAUGUUGUUGAAACAAAAGUUGAAGUUGAAACUUCAUCAUCAACAACAACAACAGCGGCCGAACAAGAAACCGCAUCAGACGUAUCGAAAAAUUUAGAAAUUAAAUCAUCAACAGAAACUGAUACGAAAACUGAAAUUGAAGAAGAUAAAUCAACAACAGUGGCAAAAGGUGUUGAAGAAAAAAUGGAUGUUGAUGAAUCAAAGGAUGCUAUAACUGAUGAAACAGCAGCAAAAGAAUCAUCAGUAACUAUCAAACAGGAGGAGGAAUCUAAUGCGAAUAACACGCAACAACAGCAGGAAUCAUCUUCAGAAAUGAAAGCCAUUGAUACUAAAACAAUUGGUGGUGAUUCACAAUCGAAUGCCAAAUCGAAUGAAGAAAAAUCAUCAACAGUUACUAAUAAUAAUUCCACGAUCGAAUCGGCUUCAAAUAAUGAACAAAACAAUAAGAUCACCAAUAAUAAUAAAUCCGGUACCGGUGAUGUUACAACAACAGCAGCAGCAGCAGCUAAUAAAGAAAAUCAACAACAACAACCAGCACCACCAUCAUCAGCUAAAAAGAAUAAAUGCGAUCUAGGUAAACUUCCUAUACGACAAUAUAUGGAUGCAACUGUUGUACCAUCAUUAUUGAGCGGUCUAUCAUUACUGGCUAAAGAACGUCCAGCAAAACCAUUGGAAUUUUUGGCAAAAUUUUUAUUACAAAAAUCUAAAGAACAGGAACAAGAAUAAUAUAAAUGAUAAAAUUCACCGAAUUUUCACCAAGCAUUCAUAUUUUUAUCCAUUCUUUUCACUUACAUACAUUUGGCCAUAAACUACCUAAAUAAUGAAUAUACACAUACACACACAGUAUCAUCA